AUGGAGGAGACUGCGAUCACGCCGGCCGGGGAGAAGCCCCAGAAGCGGGUUCGGUUCCGCGUGGCUUCAGGGAACAGCGGGCGGGUUCUGAAAGAGAUGUUCAAGGACGACGGCCCCUCCGACUCUCUGGAUUCAGACUGCACCAGUGGCUCUGAUGCGGACCGGGCCAGCACCCCGUCCACCAGCGGGGACACGAGCACGUACGGCUCUCUGUGCAGCUCUCUGGGCUCCGAGGUGGACGAAAGCGAGAGCGAGCCGGACGACCUGCUAUUGCACGCCGGGGCGCGUAAGGACCGCGUGUUCACAACCAAGAGGGUCAAUAUAGUCAGUAAGAACGGAACUGUGAGGGGGGUUAAGGACAAAGUGAGCGCGGGUCAAGUCUUGUUUGAGAAUCUGUCCGAAUCCAUUUGUCCUCAGCUAUUGCUCGAGUUUGGGCGGAUCGUGAUCUACACCACAAGCUUCCGCGUGGUGAGGACUACCUUCGAGAGAUGCGAGUUGGUCCGGAAGAUCUUCCAGAACCACAGUGUGAAGUUCCUCGAGAAGAACAUCGCCCUGGAUAUUGACUACGGCAAAGACCUGGAGGAGAGAUGCAAGCGUGUGGGGGAGCCCCCCUCGCUCCCGGUCGUGUUCGUCGAUGGACACUACCUUGGGGGUGCUGAGAAGAUACUAGACAUGAAUGAAUCAGGAGAACUUCAAGACCUCUUGACAAAAAUUGAGAGGGCCCAGCACCACCACCCGUGCCAGAGCUGUGGAGGCUUCGCCUUCAUCCCGUGCCCAAUGUGCCAUGGCAGCAAAAUGUCUGUGUUCCGCAACUGCUUCACAGACUCCUUCAAAGCCCUCAAGUGCACUUCCUGCAAUGAGAAUGGGCUCCAGCCUUGUCCCAGCUGCAGCAAAUGA